UUUUGGUGGUUAGAAAAAUUGCUAAUCAGAGCAUGAGUGAGAAGAUACCAUGACCAUGACCAAGUCGUUGCAUAUGGACGGACCUGUUGUAUGCAAUAGCAUUGUUGAUACUUGAUAAUUUUGAUAUGGUAUCCAUUAGGCAAAACCAGGAAAACUCUCUCGGGCACAAACAUCGAAGUCUCCAUUCCGCUAAAGUUUUCCAACGCCGGCACAGCUUUAACUUGUCGGCGUUGGACCAUCUCUUUCGCUGCUCUUUUUAACUUUAGUUUUUCCACUUUUAAUUUUCUCGUUUUGCUUUUUAUCCCUUUUUCAAAACCUUUUAAACAUCCAAAUCUCAAUAACUAGCGACAAAGGAAGGAGGUGGACUUUGGUGAACUUCUUCCUCCUUUUUCCACUUGUACCAUCCUCGAUGGCGGAUCCAAAGACCACAGAUCUGUAUCUUCCCAAAACCGGUUUCCUCCAUGGGAUCCAUGCCUCAGCCUUAACACAUUCUUCAAACCCUUUUCUGUUGAAGUCCCGUUCACCGGAGAUGUGGAGCUCACUGCAAAUCCCGAAAUCAUCUCUGUUGAGCCACCGCAACAUCUUCUCACCAUGGCCAACCAAUUCGAAUUUAGGUUUUGGUCUAGCAGGCCUUGGACUUUCUGUUGGCCCAUUAACAAUAUCAAAGCUCAAGCCCAUGAGGUAUCUUGUCUUAAAACUUUUGCUCAGCCUAUUACUGAUGGCACUUCUCCCUUAUAGUCUUUAUAGCGAUGUCAUUGAGUUGGUUGUACGCGCAUUAUUCUGGAUCUUUAGUCCAUAGCAAAUCCUCUAUUUCUACAUUGGGUCAUCUACUAUUCAGGGUACUUGAGUGUUUGUCUCUAGUUCAUAGUAAUGAUUUUGAUUUGAAGAAGGUUGGCAUUAUGACCCCGCAUCCAAGGAGCGAGGGUUACCAAAACUUCUCCAAACUUUCAACCCCGUCUCAUCGAGUUUCUGAGCCUAAUCGAGUGAUAAUGCACAACAUAUGGGAUAUUACUAUGGAACACAAAAAUUUGAGGAAGCACGACAUUAUGGUUUCCUCUCCAAGGAGAGGGGACUACUGAAGCUUUCCCAUCUUCCCCUGACAACCGAAUCCACCCCUGGGAAAACCAACUACUUAAGAGUUCCAAUCAUAUCUGCUUGGUCAAGUCGUGGACUCCUUGGUAGCAGUAUAUUGUGUUCUUCAGAAUGGUCUGAGCUAUAUCCUUGUCGAGGCCAGCCUAUUAGCAGUGUUCGGAUGCCUUCAUUGCAGAGCUUUAUUUUGGAAUCUGAUCCAACAAUCUGCUUGAAACUGAAGCUUACAUCCAUUGUUCCCAAUUGCCACAUCUCACCAAACGCUAGGAAGCUCGGGUUUGUUAUCAUAACUCAGGGUCAAACCGGCUGCAAGCUUUGUGUGAAACACCUUAACCUCCAUGGCUAUGAGCUUCAUGUGAGGGAGGACUCACCUGCUUUGCUACGGUUUGACACCCAACUCUUGCGAUCCCCGGUUGAAGCUCCUUCUAGAGACAUGAGGUUCGGUCUUAAAAUGCUGAAGGACUUUUCUCUAAUUACUUUACCUCUCAUGUUGGCAAGACACCCGUCUAAUGUUACCCUUGUGGAACACUCUUUUCAAAGCUCGAUUGCGUCACCCGCUAGAGCCAUUUAUGAUCACUUGUUGGUCAAGGAUUUUGCGAAGCCUGUCUUGAUGGUCGAAUCCACUUUGGUCCUAAUAGAUUCUUCAUAUAUUGUAAAACUUCCAAGAGUUGAGAAUUCCUUUUAAAGUUCAUGGAACCCUUACCCUUUCUCUCUUUUGCUUAACUUGCUGUAUGUUGUAAGAACCCACCUCUUUAAGAAGCUUUGAUUUGAAUGAAAAUUCACUUUGA